UAACUAAAUAGAUAGACGUCACAUCCACUUCCUGUAGGAAAAGACCUUGACCUCAAACAAAAACAUUUAAACUUCCGGAGUAUCUAGAAAGAUUUGUAACUUAGAUGGAAAGUUCAAGAAAAAUGUUGCUUGCAAUUGACUUCGAUCAUACCCUUAUAGAUGAAAACAGUGAUUUAUGGGUGAAGAGAUUAGCACCAGAUGGGAAACUCCCUGAUCACAUUGAGGCUCUGUAUAGUUCUACAGGAUGGACAGAGUACAUGGGAUCUAUUUUUCAAUAUUUAUAUGAAAUUGGGACAAAAGAAGAGGACAUAAGAAAGUGUAUGGAAGAAAUUCCGUUAACAGAAGGCAUGGCAGACUUAUUAAAGUACUGUAACGACAAAAGUUAUGAAAUAAUAAUAAUAUCUGAUUCUAACUCAGUUUUCAUAGAUAUGAUUCUAGAGCAUACACAAUUACAAAAAAUGGUUACAAAAGUAUUCACAAAUCCUGCUCAUUUUGAUGAUACUGGAUGUCUAAAAAUAGAAUAUUAUCACCAUCAAGACUGGUGUGACUUGAGUACCAUAAAUCUAUGUAAAGGGAAUAUUUUACAAAGUUAUUUAGAAAAGCGAGGAGAAGAAGGAAUUAACUUUGAUUAUAUAUUCUACAUAGGAGAUGGAACUAAUGAUUUCUGUCCAGCUUUAACAUUAAAGGAAACAGAUUAUGUGUGUCCAAGAAUUAAUUUCAGAUUAUGGAAGAAAAUUCAAAAACUGAAGAAUCCAGAAUCCUCAGAAUCUACAAAGGAAGAAUUACCUCAACUGCAUGCUCAAAUACUGAACUGGAGUAGUGGAUUAGACAUACUUGAACAAAUUAAACAACUUGAGUAAUUCAAUUCUGUCAUGUUGCAAUUCCACAGCCAGUUAUCUAAUAAAAAAUUAACAUCCUGUUA